CGGGGCAGGAGCUGCCGGGAGCGGAAGUCGCGCCAUUGGUGCUGCAGGCGGGGUGCGGGUCGGGUCGAUGCCGAGAGCUGUCCCCCGCGCCAGGGCGGUAGCCCGAUGUCCCCGCCAGGCCCAGGACAGCGGGGAGAGUGACGACACCCUGGAGCCCCGAGUCGUGGCCAGCGACCUGCGGAGGGACACAUCUAACAUGUCAUUCGAGGAGCUGUUGGAAUUGCAGAGCCACGUGGGGACCAAGACAUACAAACAAUUGGUAGCUGGGAACAGCUCUAAGAAGCCAAAUUCAAGACCAUCUGUCCAAAGUGCAUGCGUCUCAGAUAAGCACAGGCCUCUGGAAAUGUCAGCCAAGGUCCGGGUGCCAUUUUUACGUCAGGUUGUCCCCAUCAGUAAAAAGGUGGCCCGUGACCCCCGCUUUGACGAUCUGUCAGGGGAAUAUAAUCCUGAGGUGUUUGACAAAACAUAUCAAUUCUUGAAUGACAUCCGAGCCAAGGAGAAAGAGCUUGUGAAAAAGCAGUUGAAAAAGCACCAUUCAGGGGAGAAGCAUGAGAAAUUGCAGCAGUUGCUUCAGCGAAUGGAGCAGCAAGAAAAGGCAGAGCAGGAACGGAAGCGGCAGCAGGAGCUACGCCUGACCCUGAAGCAGGAGCGGAGGGCUCAGGCCCAGCAGGGCCACCGACCAUACUUCCUGAAGAAAUCUGAGCAGCGCCAGCUGACGUUGGCUGAGAAGUUCAAGGAGCUGAAACGCAGCAAGAAGCUAGAAAGCUUCUUGAGUCGAAAGAGGCGCCGAAAUGCAGGCAAGGACAGGAGACAUCUCCCUUUGAGCAAAGAGUAAUAAAGAACUGUCCUCUACCACA